UAGAAAGAAAACCACACUCGGGUCCAGAGGAAGGGGUGUGUUCCCUUCCCCCAUUUCCCUGUGUUUCCCCUUUGUGCUCAUUGUCUCACACUGAGGAGGAGACCGUGUCUCUGCAGUGCUGAACUCUGCAGGCACAGGGACGCCCACUUUCCUGAAGUGUCUCCAGGGCCUGGGUGACCACUGUCCAUGGGAAGGACCCAUAGGGAGGAGAGUUUCCCUAUGGGGGAGGGGAACGGGACCUGGUGGCAGAGAGCCUGGAAGGCUGUGCCCUUGUAGGUGAGUCAACUCACCUGCAAGGGGUGUCUCAGAAGGCUGUGGGUCUAUUUCUUCCUCCAUCAUGGGAACAAGGGCCAGACUCCUGAGGAGUCUGUUCCCCUUCCUGAGUAGCUGGUGAUGUGACAACCCCAUGACAGAGAUGGCCAGCCUCCCAGUGACCACACCCUGUGAGGCUGUCUACACUGAGGAUUCCUUGGUCUCUUCCUUCUGCACAGCUGGCUUCAGAGAGGAGAAGCCAUGCCCCCCAGCCUCAGAGCCCUGUUCUGCCUCGGGCUGAGCAUGGGCCUGAGGAUCCCUGUGCAGGCAGAGACCCUCCCCAAACCCACCCUCUGGGCUGAGUCAGGCCCUGUGAUCCCUCAGUUCAGCCCCGUGACCAUCUGGUGUCAGGGGACCCUGCAGGCCCAGGAAUUUCAUCUGUAUAAAGAUGGAAGCCCAGCAUCCAGGAACAAACAGACGUCACCAUAUCCUAGGAAGAAGGUGAAGUUCUUCAUCACACAGAUGACAGAGCACACUGCAGGGAGAUAUCAGUGUUACUAUGUCAGCUCCACUGGCUGGUCAGAGGGCAGUGACCCCCUGGAGCUGGUGGUGACAGGAGUCUACAGCAAACCCAGCCUCUCAGCCCUGCCCAGCCCUGUUGUGACCUCAGGAGGGAAUGUGACCCUCCAGUGUGGCUCUGGACUAGGAUUUCACAGGUUCAUUCUGACUAAGGAAGGAGAAGACAGGAUCUCCGGGACCGUGGACUCACAGCCACAGCUCAGUGGGCCAUACUUGAACCUGUUUCCUGUGGGCCCCGUGACCCCCACUCACAGGUGGACAUUCAGAUGCUAUGGAUAUUACUGGAACAGCCCCCAUGUGUGGUCACAGCCCAGUAACCCCCUAGAGCUUCUUGUCCCAGGUGGCUCAGAGAAGCCCUCCCUCCUGACCCAGCAGGGCCCCAUUGUGGCCUCUGGACAGAGCCUGACUCUCCAGUGUCUCUCUGACAUCGGCUAUGACAGAUUCGCUCUGUCCAAGGAGGGGGAACAGGACCUCCGCCAGAGCUCUGUCCUGCAUCCCCAGGCUGGGCUCUCUCAGGCCAGCUUCCCCCUGGGCACUGUGAGCAGCUCCCACGGGGGCCGGUACAGGUGCUACAGUGGACACAGACUCUCCUCCCGGUGGUCGGCUCCCAGUGACCCCCUGGACAUCCUGGUGGCAGGAUGGCUCCCUGACAGACCCUCCCUCUCAGUGCAACCAGGACCCAUGGUGGCCACAGGAGAGAAUGUGACCCUGCUGUGUCAGUCAUGGAGCUGGAGGGAUACUUUCUUUCUGACCAAGGAGGGGGCAGUUGAUCCCCCCCUACAUCUCAUAUCACAGUACCAAGCUCAGCAGUACCAGGCAGAGUUCUCCAUGGGUCCUGUGACCUCAGCCCAUGGUGGGACCUACAGGUGCUACAGCUCACUUAGCACCUCCCCCUACCUGCUGUCACAACCUAGUGCCCCCCUGGAGCUCCUGGUCUCAGGACCCUCUGGAAACCCCAAUCCCCCACCCACAGGGCCCACCUCCACCUCUGCUCAAGGUCUCCAAUGGUACUGGAACGUGCUGAUUGGGGUCUUGGUGGCGCUUGUCCUGCUGCUCUCCCUCCUCCUCCUCUUCCUCUUCCUCCAACACCAGCAUCAGAGCAAAGGCAGGACAUCAGGGGCCACAGACCUGGAGCCCAAGGACAGAGGCCUACAGACCAGCUCCAGCGCAGCUGUGGAGACCCAGGAAGAGCCCCUCUAUGCUGCCAUGAAGGACCCACAGCCUGGGGAAGGCAUGGAGCUGGACCCUCAGCAGAACAGGACCUAUGACAACCCCCAGGGAGAGACCUAUGCCCAGGUGACCAGCUCAAGAUCAAGGCAGAUGCAGGGAAUGGCCCCCUCACCUUCCCCCCUGUCAGAGGAAUUGCUGGACAGGAAGGGCAGACAAACAGAAGAGGACAGAGAGAUGGACAGUCAGGCUGCUGCAUCUGCUGCCCCCCAGGAUGUGACCUACGCCCAGCUGACCCACUUGACCCUCAGAUGGGAGACAAGUCCACCCCCAUCCUCCCCAUCAGAGGAGCCCCCAGAUGAGCCCACUGUGUAUGCUGCUCUGUCCUUCCACUAACCUAGGAAGGACCUAGACCCCACACUCCAGGAAGGGGAACUGCAUGGACCCUAGAAGGUACAGAAGAUGUCCCCAAGGACACUUACUAGUGGCCCCAGCCAGCCUGGAGACCUGAUGUGGGCCCCCAGUACCUCCUGGAUCUCUCUGGGAGUCCCCUGUUUAUAUAGUCACAGAUAACCAAUAUUCCUACAUUUUAGAAUCAAAGAAACAGAUGUCUCUGUGUAAAUUUAAAACCAAAACAGAAGUGGGGUAACAUAUACAGAUCAUGUAUCAUAGAAAUGUACACUUGAAAAACCUGUAACAGCCCUGG